CCUGAAGGAUCAGAUUAAAAGUUUGUUUUAGUUGUUGGGGUUUUUUUAAUCAUUUAUUUAUUUAUCUAUUUAUUUAUUUUUGCUUUCUGUUAUAUUGGUAGCUGCUAAUCUCAAUAACAUUUAUAUUUCAGUCUAAGACCGCAGGCAGAAAAUAUGUAGCUAAUGAAGCUACAUCUAAACAAUUCAUUACUUGCUUAUGUUUUUGCUAGCUAGCUAGUCACGAACAAGCUAAUAUCAGUGUUUACAACCACUAGCCAGCUAAGUUUUCCAAACAACGAUACCCAAUUUACGGGCAUAAUUUCGCCUUAAUUUGUACAUUAUAUAAAUAUAGCCAUGUCGUGCACCCUGGAAAAGGUGUUGUCUGAUGCCCGGACUUUGCUGGAGCGAUUAAAAGAGCACGACAAUGCAGCCGAGAGUCUUAUCGAGCAGUCCAGUUCUCUCAACCAGAGAAUACACUGCAUGAAGGAAGUCGGAAAUGCUCUUCCUGAUAAGUACAUGGAGACAGUUCCAGGAUAUCAGGAGCUGUCCAAAUCCAAACCGCAUAUUCUCCUGACCCAGGAGAACACCCAAAUCAAGGAACUUCAGCAAGAAAACAAAGAGCUUUGGCUUUCUUUGGAAGAGCACCAGUACGCUCUGGAAUUGAUCAUGGGCCGAUAUCGGAAACAAAUGCUGCAGCUGAUGAUGAAAAAGAAGGAGAUGGAUACCAGGCCUGUGCUCAGCCUUCAUGAGGAUCAUGCCAAAGAGGUGCAGAGCCAAAUGGAGCGGAUUUGUGAAAUGGGCCAGGUGAUGCGCAGAGCGGUACAGGUGGAUGACCAGCACUACUGCUCUGUGAAAGAGAAACUGGCUCAACUGGAGCCUGUCAGGAAGCUGGGGUCAGAGCGCAGGGUCAUCCAUGAUACAGCACCUCUGGAGCAGAGAGGGUUAAGGGCCUUGCUCAAGGGCCCAACAGUGGCAGCUUGGCAGCUGGGGCUUGAACCCCUGACCUUCUGAUCAGUAAUCCAGAGCCUCAACCACUAAGCCACCACCGCCCCAUUAAAAAAUAAAAUCAAAUAAUAAAAUAAAAUAAUAGGGAUAAUAAAAAUUGCAUUUUGUUUGUUAUUUAGUACCGUCCUGAAUAAUCUAUUUCACACAACAGAUGUUUACAUAUAGUCCACAAGACACAAUAAUAACUGAAUUUACACAAAUGAACCAGUUCAGAGGUUUACGUAUGCUUGAUUACUAAUACUGUGUGUUGUGAUGUGUUGAUCAACAACUGUUUUUACGUUUUGUGAUUGUUGUUCAUGAGUCCCUUGUUUGUCCUGAGCAGUUAAACUGCCCACUGUUAUUCAGAAAAAUCUUCCAGGUCCUGCACAUUCUUUGCUUAUCCAGAAUUUUCUGCAUAUUGACCCCUUUCCAACAGUGGCUAUAUGAUUUUGAGAUCCAUCUUUUCACACUGAGGACAAUUGAGGGGCUCGUAAACAGCUAUUACAAAAGGUGCAAACAUUAACAGAUGCUCAAGAAGGCAACAUGUUGAAGUGAAGAGGAGAGUCCACCAGCAUGGACCUUGAAAUUUGAAGGAUCUGGAGAGAUUCUGUAUGGGGGAAUGGUCUCAGAUCCCUUGCCAUGUAUUCUCCAACCUCCUCAGGCAUUAUAGCAGAAGACUGUUAUCAUGGCAAAGGGAGGUAACACAAAGUAUUGACUAAAAGGGUGCCAAAAAUUGUUGCACACCUAUAUUUAAUGAAGAUUUUUUUUUCUUCGAUAAACCUGUGUUGUGUUUGCAAUUGUUUGAUGUCCAUGAGAGCAGAGAAUGUUUGUGAAUUUUUUUAAACAGAAGAUCAAAACGUCAAACAAUAAACACAAUUUUUCCACAGCCUUCUUUGUUCAUAUUUACCAAUGGUGCCAAUAUUAGUGGAGGGCAUAUUAAGAGCCAGGGGUGUGUGAAAGUUUGAACAGGGUGAUCAGCAUACAUUAUUAUUUUCUGUUCUGGGAACAUCUAACUAUCUUAUGUAGCUCCUGAUGGGAGGAACUAAAAAGAUUUUUAAACAAAAUAAUAAUGUAUAAUCGUCUCUCCUCAAACAAUAAUUGUCUCGUCUCCGUUUUUAGUACUGUUCAGUUGGCUGCUGUUUGUUCUUCUGAAACUUGCUGCAUAUUUUUCAGAUUGAAAACAAGGAGCUGCAUGACCUCUUGGCCAUCAGUAAGAAUAUGUUGAAACCACAGCGAGAAGAGGUGAGCCACCCUGACGCAGAGCCCAAGCCCAAAGUCAUUGACAAGGAAUGAUGCUGUCUGAAGAUAUGAAACGUUGCUCUGCUUUAUGGCUACAGUUUAGUGCAAUGUCUGUCGUACCCUCUCAGGUCUCUUGGUGUACAUGUUUGUUGUGGCUUUUUGGUGUUGCUGACUGGUCUCAGUGUAACCUGGUAUCUUUUUACCCACUGAAUAGAGUUGUAGAGGGAAAGUUGCUUUCUGUUUCUCUCAGGAAAGGCUUACAGUCUCCGUUUGUUUAAACAGAAGAUAAAUCUAUGGAAAAUUGAAAUACUCAUGCAACAUGUUUAUAUAGGCCUUCAAAAUUAACCUCAACAUAGAGUGCCUUGCAAAAGGAUUUAAACCUCCUACACAUUGUAAUGCGUUGACAUGGAAACAAAAGUGGUCAUGCUGAUUAUAAACAAUAGUUUGUUUUUAAACUGAAUCCUUAAUGAAUUUUAUUCUGUCCAGUGCACUCAUGACAAUCCUGUUGGCAUUUUGACUACAAAAUUAAAUUUUCAUGAUUCCACCCACAUAUGUUUUGGAAAGGAGGAGAGAGAAGCUAAUUUUGUAAGGAAACACAAAAGUUAGUGAGAUUCGUGACCUGGGAUGGCAGUAAACUAGUCACUUGAAGAAGUAAUCAAAAAGCUCUCUAAGAGCUCUUUGUGAACACAUCAUACAUUAAUGAAACAGUUUGAUUCAUCUACUCAGCAUAGCAGGGGAUUGAAUGUUUGCAAAAGUGCAUUCAUUUUUAUUCAACAUAACCUUGUGUGUUUGCCCUUAAAUAUGUUUUAAAUAUAAAAGUUUCUGGAUGGUUAAAUACUUUUGCAAGACACUAAUUCAUUUUGUUUUUUUGUGUGUCUUAUUCCUAUUAGUUAUGUAACCUUGUGGCUGAAUGACAUGCAGUAGCCUUUAUUCAAAUAAGUACAUUUCCUCUAUUUCAUUUACAGGUUGGGUAAAAUCUUUGGCCACAUAAAUUCCAUAGACUUCAUGUUUGUGUACAGGUUUUUUGUUCUGUGUUUCAGUGUUUGCUUCAUCAAGCACAAUUUUUCUUUUUUUUUUUUUGUUUUUUUUUGUGUAUUAUAAUAUGAACCUUUUGGUUUUAAAUAAUCCAAUAUAUGGAUUUGGGGUUAAAAAUGGUGCUGGUUGUCCAGACAGUGGUUUAUUUAUAAUGAUGAGUAUGAACUAAAGAACAUUAUUUGUUCAAAGAUCACGAACAAAGCUUUUAGUGCUGUGCAUGUCCUUGUAUUAUUAGGUUGUUGCAUUUUAUUGUCUUUAUCUGUCUUUUUAUUAUUUUUUUUUUAUAAAAAUGUCAAACAAUAAAAAUAUAAGAAAUAAAGAUAUGGUAACUUAGUAAUCGUUAA